CUUCGUUGGGUUCCCCGCACUUCCACUCACGCCGCUCAGAAGAUUCCGACAAACACUGAAGACCAGCUAUUCGACAUGUUUCUCCGGACAGCAUUGUGGAUUCGCGACAAUGGUAUUCGACACCCAGACCUCAUCGUCAACUUCGACCAGACGAACAUCAUCAUCGGCGAUAGCGGGGCGCGUACGUUUGACGUGGAGGGGACGAAGCAAGUUGGUGUGGUUAGUAAGGAGGAGAAGCGGGCGUGGACUGCUGUCGUAGGGAUCUCAGCCUCUGGUGCAGUACUUCCAACGCAGGUUGUCAUGAAGGGUGUCACUUCUCGCAGUCUUCCUUCCCCACACGCUCCCGCUAUGGCCGAAGCUCAGCAUCUCGGUAUCCGUUUCGAGUGCAACCCGAAGAACCAUUGGUCGAACCUUCCGUGCAUGAUGGCCUAUUUCCGCGACAUCGUCGUGCCUUAUUUCCUUGGUCGGAAGCUUGCCCUUGGGUAUGCCCCUGACGUUGAAUGCCGGGCCAACCUCGACGCUUGGGUUAUACACAGGAGCAAGGAGUUUCGUCGGUCUGUCAGGCAGAAGUGGCCUUGGCUUCGCCUCGGUUUCAUUCCUGGUGGAUGCACGAGUAUU